AUGGGUAUUGUUGUCCUUUUGGUUUAUAUUGAUGAUAUUGUGAUCACUGGUUCUGAUUCUGCUUUACUUGUCCAGCUCAAGACUCAUCUCUCAAAAUCCUUUCAUAUGAAAGAUCUUGGGUCUCUCAUGUAUUUUCUUAGUCUUGAGGUGUAUCGUAGUCCCUCUAGUAUUUCACUCAAUCAACAUAAGUAUGCUAGUGAUUUGGUGGCUACAGCUGGGCUACAGGAAACUACCUCUGUCGAUACUCCCAUGGAAUUAAAUGUCAAGCUUCGCAAAGAGGAGGGUGACUUACUUGCUGAUCCCAUUUUAUAUCAGAAGUUGGCGGGUAGCCUUGUGUAUCUCACCAUCACUAGACUAGAUAUUUCUUUUGUUGUACAACAAGUCAGCCAAUUUCUUCAGACUCCUCGUCAUCUUCAUUUGUCUGCUGUCCGUAGGAUCAUACGUUAUGUUCAGGGCACUUCUACUCGUGACUUAUUAUUUCUUGUAGGCAAUUCUCCUCGUCUUGUUGCUUAUAGCGAUGCUAAUUGGGCUGGUUGUGCUAAUACAUGUCGCUCCAUCACUUGUUGGUGCGUGUUCUUAGGUGAUGCGUUGAUCUCCUGGAAGAGUAAGAAGCAAGACAGAGUUUCUAAGUCAUCUACAGAAUCUGAGUACCGAUUGAAGUCUCUUGUUUGUUCCAAAAUUAUUUGGCUUCGAAGUUUGCUUGCUGAGUUAGACUUCACUGAGACCGAUCCUACACCUUUACACGCCAAUAAUACAAGUGCUAUUUAG